GUCCUCCUCUGCGGGGCUUCGCCUCUCACGUUCUCUGCCAUUUAUAUAUAAAGCCCUCGCAGCUUCUUCCUCUUCUCUCAGCUUGACGUUCCCUUGUUUCAGGAGAACACCAAGCUUAGCUCCCCUCACUUCCUUUCUUUCUUUUUCCUCUCAACUUCCGAUAUGCACUCUCUCUCGCCCGCCUCUUCCCAUUCUCUUCAGUUUCUGAUCCCCUCUCUCCCCUCCGCCACCCGGCCCCUUCCCUCCCCACUCGUUGUCAAAUGCAGCUACGGCUUCGAAUCUCCUGGCUUCUCCCACGGAGCCGGCUCCAACCGCGCUGACUGGCAGAGCUCCUGCGCUAUUUUGGCCAGCAAGGUUGUCUCUCAGCAACAUUCCUCCCCUGACAAUAACGGUGCCCCCGCCGUCAACGGCCACUCGUCCGCCCUCACGGAUCUCAGCCUGGUCCCCAUCGAUAGCAUUCCCGGUUCCGACAAUAACAAGCCUCUCCCGCCCAAGCCUCUCACGAUUUCGGACCUCUCGCCUGCCCCGAUGCACGGCUCGCAGCUUCGCGUCGCUUAUCAGGGCGUUCCCGGGGCCUACUCCGAAGCUGCCGCGGGCAAGGCCUAUCCCAACUGCGAGGCCAUUCCCUGCGAUCAAUUUGAGGUGGCUUUCCAGGCUGUCGAGCUCUGGAUCGCCGAUCGAGCAGUUCUGCCCGUGGAGAACUCUCUGGGCGGUUCAAUCCAUAGGAAUUACGACCUCCUCCUCCGUCAUCGUCUUCACAUCGUCGGCGAGGUCCAGCUUCCAGUCCACCACUGCCUCCUCGCUCUCCCCGGUGUCCGGAAAGAGUACCUGACCCGCGUGAUUUCACAUCCCCAAGCCCUGGCUCAGUGCGAGCAUACAUUAACCAAACUCGGCCUCAACGUGGCACGCGAAGCCGUGGACGACACCGCCGGUGCCGCGGAAUUCAUCGCCACCAACAAUCUCCGCGACACGGCGGCAAUCGCGAGCGCACGUGCUGCGGAGCUGUACGGAUUGCAAGUGUUGGCGGACGGGAUCCAGGAUGAUCCCGGGAACGUAACCCGAUUCGUUAUGCUGGCACGAGAACCGAUAAUUCCCCGUACGGACAGGCCGUUCAAGACGAGCAUAGUGUUCGCGCACGACAAAGGCACGUCAGUAUUGUUCAAGGUGUUAUCGGCGUUCGCAUUUAGGAACAUUAGCCUGACGAAGAUCGAGUCCAGGCCUCAUCGGAACCGUCCGAUCAGGCUAGUAGAUGACGCCAAUGUGGGCACUGCGAAGCACUUCGAGUACCUGUUCUACGUGGAUUUUGAAGCUUCCAUGGCUGAGGUCAGGGCCCAAAAUGCCUUGGCAGAGGUGCAGGAGUUUACUUCUUUCCUGAGGGUACUGGGCAGCUAUCCCAUGGACAUGACUCCAUUGAGUCCCUCCUGCUGCCGGCAAGAUUUGCAAAGCCUCUGAUAGAUCCCGCUUGGGGGUGUAAAAGACGGAAAAAAAUAAUAAUAAUAAUAAGGAGCAAUAAAGAUCACUUCUAUUUACCUGUACUGUAUACGUAUUUAGAAUGAUGGUGGUGUUAAUAGUUUUUAAUUCUAUUAUGAUGACGAUGAUGGUUAAAUUUUGAGGGGAGGAGUUAAUUUGGUUUUGUGGAAUGGGACGGCAGGAAUGCACCGCCGGUGGGGUUGGUGGCAAGGGGAUUACAUUGUACAGAGACGUUGGGAUGGUUUGUGAUGUGAUUCUGAAGUUUUGGUGAGCAACGAAUUGGUAGCUAGCUACCCCAAUGCUGUGGUUAUUUAGUGUGCAUACUUGAAUAUAUUGAAUGCCCUCCUAGUUGGUUGUGUGAUGAGUAUUUGACGUAUGCAACAUGGGGAUGACUGUAUAUGUUGAGCUGUUGAGGGCACUAACAGACUAGGUUUUCUAUUCCUUUAUUAUUAUUAUUAUUAUUAUUUUUGUUUUUAUUUUUGGGCUAAAUGUAGGUUUUCAUGUUAAUAUCAUGUCCUUGGAAUGUCCAAGUGUGCUAGGGCCAAUAUGAAAAGUCUUACUCCUA